ACUUCAAUUCAAUUAAAUUCAGCGUCGUUAUACCAAUAAUACACUUUCCUUUCUUCCAACCACACACCCUAGAGGAACAGGAUAGAGAGAGAGAGACAGAGAGAGAAGAAGAAGAAGAAGAAGAAGAAGAAGAAGAAGAAGAUUUCUCUGGUUUUCUUCUCUUUUGGUGAGCGUUUUUGGGUAGAGGAACAUCGAAGUGAAGGGAGAAUGAAGGAAAUUAUAUGGGGCAGCUACCGGGAAUUGAGACAGUUAAUUCAUCUGCUGUUGCCUCUGUGCGUCCAUUUCAUCGCAGAACAGAUGACGGUUCCCUUGCUCGUCGACGUCACCACCAAAGCUUUCUGCGAUAAUAAUGAUGAUGCCAAAUCAACCACCUGUCCUCAGGCCAUCUAUCUCAACGGAUUGCAACAAACGGUGGUUGGGAUAUUCAGGGUUGUGAUGCUUCCUUUUCUAGGCCAACUUGCUGAUGAGUAUGGGCGCAAGCCACUGCUCCUUCUUACGAUAUCAGUCAGCAUAUUCCCUUUCGCUGUACUUGCUUGGAGUGAGUCAAAACAAUUUCUUUAUGCUUACUAUGUGCUUCGUAUGAUUUCACAUAUCUUAAGUCAAGGAAGCCUUACCUGUAUCUCUGUUGCAUAUGUGUCUGAUGUUGUUGAAGACAGUAUGAAAGCUCCAGCAUUUGGAUGGAUUACAGGUCUUUUAGCUCUUUCACAUUUCCUAGGAAAUCUGUUGUCACGUAUUCUUCCUGGAGAUUAUAUUUUCGAGGUGUCCAUACUCCUGUUAGCAUUAUGUCCAGUUUAUUUGAAGCUGUUUCUGGUUGAGACAAUUAAGCCAGCUUCAAGGCAGGAGCAACAUUCAUCCUGUUUGGCUACAAUUAAUAAUGUCCUUAAGAAGCAAUACAAAUCUAUGAAGAAUGGUCUUGCUGUGGUUGCUAACAGUGGGACAUUGAAGCAAAUUGCUCUAAUUACCUUCCUCUAUAAGUUGGGAAUGUCUGGCAUCAGCAGUGUCUUAUUGUACUAUCUGAAGUCAGUUUUUUCUUUCAACAAGAAUCAAUUUUCCGAAAUCCUGAUGUUGGUUGGAAUAGGUUCCAUUUUUUCUCAGAUUUUGGUUCUUCCAUUUAUAAAUCAUCUGGUGGGAGAGAAAGGAAUUUUGUGCAUCUCCUUACUUGCAUCAACAGCAUAUGGAUUAUUCAAUGGAUUGGCGUGGGCACCUUGGGUUCCGUAUAUGAGUACCUUAUUUGAAGUUGUCUAUGUUCUUUUGGAACCUGCUAUUUAUGCUAUUGUUUCAAAAGCUACAAAUAAAACCAAUCAGGGAAAGAUCCAAGGGUUUAACGCUUCUGUGAAAUCAUGUGCAACUUUGCUGUCACCACUUGCAAUGAGUCCAUUGACUUCAUUGUUCCUAUCAAGCAAGGCCCCAUUUGAUUGCAAAGGUUUCAGUCUCUUGUGUGCCUCCCUUUUUAUGGUGUUUGCUUUCUUUUUUGCUUUGCGGUUGUACUUAGACAGUGGAACCUCAGCUAGUGAUCCUGAGGACAACAGUGUCACUAUAGAAGCACCUCUCCUCUCAUGAUGAUUAAUGGCUAGCUAGCAAGGUCAGUAUGGCAAAAAUUUGCACAGCUUUGCCUACACAAUUCAAAUGAGGAAGCAUCAAGGCAUUGGAAGAACUCCAUAUAUGUAUUCUAUAUAUGUAUUCUAUAUUGGUUCCAAAUCUUUCCACAAUUGUCUCGAAUAUGCAGGUGAGCAUUGGACCGGGAAUGGGAAUAGGAAAGCGCAGGAAAAAGCAAAGGCAUCAAUGGCCGAAGCCUCGGGGCUUCUACGGCGAUUUAGAUGAAGACUAGACUAUAACCUAAGAAUUCCGAACUUGUUUUUCUUCCUCAGCUGAUGAAGAAGAAUAAGAAUAAGAAGAGGGCGAAGAAAAGUAACGUUGAUAACAGCCAUAUUUCCAUCUUGCCAUCAGAAAGGUUGUGCUUGUUUAUGCUUCGUUGUAAAAUAUUUUAUGAGAAAAAUGCAUUAUAACUUUAAUUUUA